AUGCCGACGUCAAGCCGAGGCCGCCGCCGCCUUGGGGCCUGGUUAUCGCCAGUUCAGCGCGGCCGGAGUCGCCCAGGCCUGAACUCCCACCAGAUCCCGGCCCCCACUCGUGCCCGUGAGGACACCGGAGGUCACCCCCGGGGUGGGGAGCGGAGCCGCGGGUCGGCUGCGAGCGCCCCCGCGCUGCCCUUGUCCCGGCCCACAUUCCUAUCCCUCCCGCCUUGGCCCCCAGUCCCGCCCUCGCGCUUCCCAAAUCGGCCCCAACCCCUGCGCAGGACUCCAUCCGGACCCCCUUCCGGUCCCUGCCCCUGGCUGGCCCCAUCGGCCUCGGCCUGGAACCCACCCCUGUCACAAAUAUCAGCCCAGGGCCUGUCCCAACCCCAUUCCCAGUGUUUGCUUAAGGCCCUGGCUCAACCCCAGAAUCCCUUGCUGCAGUCCCCAUCACAGCCCCUUCCAUCCACUCCACCCUUGAUCAAGCCCCAGUGUCCAGCCCAGCCCAACCCAUUAUCUCAGCCUUUGCCCUCAUCUGGCAAGUCUCUCCCGCUAGUCCCCAUCUCUCAUACUCUGCCGCUCUCCCAGCCUAGACCUCAGUCUGGGUUUCAGCUGCCGCCAGCCCUAUUGCUGCUGUGCAUGUUCUCUGUCAUGGCCGGGGAGCUGCCUUUCCUGACUGAUUACUCCCGCCUGCUCACCGCAAGCUGAAUUGCUCCGCUCCUUUGCAAAAGCACUAGGCAUCUUCACUUCCAUGUUCCGGACACAUUCCUGUGUUUGAACCUCAUCUUCAAGGCAGAGACCUUUAGGGACCACUGCCCAGACCAAAGUGUGACUGUGUAUUUAUCCGGGGCACCUGUCAUCAAUCCCCUGCAUACACACACUUGAGAGACUAACAGCUGGCACCAUAGAGGUUUUCUCACUGACCUCAGCUGGACACUGCCCAGCACCUCAGGCAUCUACGUCAGCGGCCCGCACCUGAGGGACUGGUUCUUGGCUGCCCACCUUCCCCAGGCCCAUGGCCACAUCUCUCUCAAGGAGUCUCAGGAUGAGUGUCAGUACACUCUUCAGCCGCAGCUGAUUGUCCGGCUGCUGGGCGUUGCUGUACUGGUUCCUGGCCGGCCCUCAGAGCAAACCCUCUCCCCACACAAUCGCUCAGCGCUCUGCAAAGUCUUUGUGCCCAGCUUCACUUACAGGGUUUCAGCACAGCUGGCGUGUGUGGGGGGCCGCGGGGUAUCUGCCUGCCCCCUGUCACUGCGUCUCGUCCCCCGCCCCCACCCUGCACAACUCUCAAGCUCUGUGGCCUGUGGAGGUGCCUCAGGAUCUCCAACUAGAGCUGAGUCCUGGCCCGGCUUCGCCUCCUCCGUCAGUGCCACUACCAGGAGUGCCAGGCUGCAGAAUCCCAUUCGCCCAGGCAGGACCUGGUUCCUGGGCCCUUCGCUCCCUGUGCGGGUGAGGCCUCCGGUGGCGGGCGGGGCGGGCCAGGGCUGGGACUUGAGUUGCGGGGUCGCGAGGCCCCAGGUGACUGCGAGUGUGUGCGCCCAGGUUCGUGCGGUGCCGCAGCGACGGCCGAGCCUAAGUACAAGGCUGGUGAGCGGAGCUGCGGUGGACUGGAGGUGGACCUGGCAAGGCCUGUGGGCAGGCCGGCGGGAAGUGGGGAGUACUUGGCCUGAAUUGGGGGCGGCUUUGGCAGAGCCGGGAGUGGGAACCACCCUCCACGGGCAGUGGCAUGACCAUGGCUGCCGUCUGUCCUCUUCAUCCUGUUCCUCCCCACCCGCAGGAGUGAGGCUGAGGCUGCACCGACAGUGCGGUGCGCUCACCUAUGAUUCCGCUGCUGUCCACACUCCUGCUCUGCCUGAGCAACCUCAUGUUUCUGCCACCUGUGGUCCUGGCCAUUCGGAGUCGAUAUGUGCUGGAAGCUGCUGUCUACACCUUCACCAUGUUCUUCUCCCGUUCUAUCAUGCCUGUGACCAGCCAGGCAUCGUGGUUUUCUGCAUCAUGGACUACGAUGUGCUGCAGUUCUGUGAUUUCCUGGGCUCGUUAAUGUCCGUGUGGGUCACUGUCAUUGCCAUGGCUCGUUUACAGCCCGUGGUCAAGCAGGUGCUGUAUUUGCUGGGAGCUAUGCUGCUGUCCAUGGCUCUGCAGCUUGACCGACAUGGACUCUGGAACCUGCUUGGACCCAGUCUCUUCGCCCUGGGGAUCUUGGCCACUGCCUGGACAGUACGCAGCGUCCGCCGCCGGCACUGCUACCCACCCACGUGGCGCCGCUGGCUUUUCUACUUGUGCCCGGGCAGCCUUAUUGCAGGCAGCGCCGUCCUGCUUUAUGCUUUUGUGGAGACCCGGGACAACUACUUCUACAUUCACAGCAUUUGGCAUAUGCUCAUUGCGGGCAGUGUGGGCUUCCUGCUGCCCCCUCGUGCCAAGACUGACCACCGGGUCCCGUCUGGAGCCCGGGCCCGGGGCUGUGGUUACCAGCUAUGCAUCAACGAGCAGGAGGAGCUGGGCCUCGUGGGCCCAGGAGGGGCCACUGUCAGCAGCAUCUGUGCCAGCUGAGAGGGGCUUUGGGCCUGGCCCUGGGGGGAUAUGGACGCUUCCUAGAGUUCUUUCUGGGGGCGUGGAGCCCUCUUAGAAGGAGACAGGCUGUAUUUCUUGAGGACAUGGAGUCUUUCUCAAGGACACAGAACUCUUCCAGGGACCUGGAGCCCUUCCCAGGACAUGGAGAACUUCCUGAGGGCCUGGAGUCCCCCUGCAUCAUGGAGUCCUUCUUAAGGACUGGAGCCUAUGCAGGCACAGAGCCCCUCAGGACCAAGGAGUCCCUCCUGCAGGUGUGCAGCCUUUCCUGGGAUACGGAGCCUUCCCAAGACAUGGAUUCCUUCCCAGGGAGACAAACCCCUGUCAGGAACACGGAUCAUUCCAGAGGAGGUGGAAUCUAUCUUGGGGAAACCAAAUUUCCAGAUUUUCCCAGAGGCUCAGCAACUCUGGCCUCAGGCUUCCUUUCCAGAGGCAGCGUCUGGGCUGUGCUGUGCUGCGGAGGAGGGAUUGCAGGAUGGAUGAAGCUGGGACUGGGGCUGUCUGGGUGGCUGGUAUCCUCGUUUGAUACAGGUGGAGUCUGUGUGUCUCCAAUGAAUGAUUGGUUCAGACUG